AUGACGCCGACGACAAUGGUACCGCUUCCGGCAACAACAGCCUCGUCUCUGACAUUUGCCACGAAUACGGCCUCGCUGGCUUCGCAGCCGGAGCUUCUUGAGCAAAUACAAACGAAGCCAACCAAUUCCCUUUCGGAACUCGUGAUCUUGGAUUCCCCCAAGGCAAACGCAGCUUCACAGAAGCCUGGUUCCCACGGAACUUUGACGAGGAAACCGUUGCCAACUUCAAAGUCCGUUGCGAAGACAAUACAAAAAAGGAGCCGGAAAACCAGCGCUAAGACACCCAGUGGAUGGAAAAGAUGGGCAAAGAAACAGAAAAACGAUGUUUACAGCGAGCCCGAGUUCCAGGAAUCCAGCGAGGCUGUCGACGCAUACCUCAACUUCGCCUUAUCGUGGGACGAGGAGCGCAAGAAGCCCGCUGACAUUUCGCAGCAGUUACCCUACACUCAGUUUGUGGCCCAAUGGGCAAACGUCAAGAAGCGAGGUCGGCCCCCGCCUGCAUCCAUGAUAGAAGCGAUCCGGAUCAUGAAUAGCCUAAUUAUACCGUAUAACAUCGUCUAUAUGCUGGCGAAGGCCGGUUGGGAUGCAGACAAAUGUUGCAACCCGAAGCUGUCUCAGGAGCAGAGAAAGCUCGGUACCGGACCGACAGAAUUGAAGCGUGGUAUUGAAGAUGAGGGCGAGCCUUUGAGUCAAGACAAGAAGCAGAAGGAGACCGUGGCUGUCGGCCAGCAAGAAUCUUCUAAUGCCGAGACCGUGUCAUCAGAAAUUCCGGCAACUAGGGAUCAAUCGUUUCGAGAGUCGCCACCGAUACCUGAUAACAAUAUCGUCAAGGUCGAGGAAGCGUCUCCGAUGUCUGCUGUACUUCGUCAAGCGGAUGGCCUUCAUGCCACCUGUAUUCCUUGCGAUGAGGCCGAAGACGUUGGUUCAGACGACUACUCCGACCGGGUGAGUUUUGAGGUCGACGCGGAGCUUGUUACGAACACCAUUGAAGCUGCCAUUAGCAACAUUCAACCUGCCGGCAUCACGAAGUCGCCCGAGAUCACCAAGCCUACCAGCUCUAUGAACCUCUCAUUCGGAAGUGCAAAUAGGAUCGACGCCUCGGGCUCGACCUCUUCCAAGCGAAAGAAGCGUACUUCCCGAGGAAAACUGAAGCGAGCCAUCGAUGCUGUCAGCAACAACCUGACAGCCAUCUCAUCAAGCCACUCCAUUAAGCUUCAGGACCAAGCAGACCGACUCCAAGGGUACUCUGAGAAGUCCGAAGACCACUCGAAUCAACUUCAAGAGCAUUCCAACCAGCUCCAAGAGUAUGCAGGCCAACGUCAGGGCCACUCCAACCAGCUACAGAAGCAAGAACUCGCUCUGACACAGCUCCGUCACGACAAGCAAGCCCUCCGAGACUGCCUCCAGGGCGUCCUCGUCCCUCUCAGCCAAGCAGUCAAUGCGCUCCACAAGUCGAGCAAGGACGACAAGCGGGCACUCAAGUCGGCCAAGAAGCGCGCCCAGAGGGGACUGAAGGAGUUCAACUCGGUGGACAAGACCACCAAGGUCUUGAAGCAAAGCCUCAAGCAUCUGCAUUGUGUUCUUGGGGCGGCAGAGGACCGUCCUGGAGGAAACAAUGAAGCUCAUGGACAGGAGAAGUGA